GGCGGAGGCGUGGACGAAGAUGGCGGACGAGGAAGAGAGGGGGAGCCCAGAGGUUUGCACCCUUCGGUUGGGGACGGAGACCGAAGCCGCGGGAGACGGAGAGCUGCUGGAGUGGGGAGAACCCUUGGACUCCAUCGGCUACGUGCUGUACAGGAACAGGAAAGAAUGGGCAGAUAUUGAGCCAGUUCCUCAAGAUGAUGGGCCACAUCCUGUUGUUCAGAUCAUAUAUAGUGAAAAAUUUAAAGAUGUAUAUGAUUACUUCCGGGCUGUUCUGCAACAUGAUGAACGGAGUGAGAGAGCUUUCAAGUUAACAGGGGACGCCAUUGAACUUAAUGCUGCAAACUACACAGUAUGGCAUUUCCGUAGGGUACUUCUUCAGUCCUUGGAGAAAGACUUAAAUAAGGAACUCAAUUACAUCACCGCUAUCAUUGAAGAUCAGCCAAAGAAUUACCAAGUCUGGCACCACCGGCGAGUUUUGGUAGAGUGGUUGAAGGACCCAUCGCAAGAACUCGAAUUUAUUGCAAGCAUUCUUAACCAGGAUGCCAAGAAUUACCAUGCUUGGCAACAUAGACAAUGGGUCAUUCAGGAAUUUAAGCUGUGGGAUGAUGAAUUGGAGUAUGUUGAGCAACUUUUGAAAGAAGAUGUCAGAAAUAAUUCCGCCUGGAACCAAAGAUACUUUGUGGUUUCAAACACAUCUGGUUACAAUGAUCCUGCUGUUCUAGAAAGAGAAAUUCAGUACACCCUAGAAAUGAUCAAGCUGGUACCUCAUAAUGAAAGUGCCUGGAACUACCUGAGAGGGAUUUUGCAAGAUCGUGGCCUUUCAAAAUAUCCAGACCUGCUAGAACAGCUACUGGAAUUGCAGCCAAGUCAUAAUUCCCCUUAUCUAAUUGCCUUCUUGGUGGACAUAUAUGAAGAUAUGUUAGAAAACCAGUGUGAAAACAAGGAAGACGCUCUCAACAAAGCAUUAGAGUUGUGUGAAAUCCUCGCUAAGGAAAAAGACAUUAUACGGAAAGAAUACUGGGGAUAUAUUGGAAGAUCCCUUAAGAAUAAAUAUAGCCCAAAUGAGGAGCAGACUGUGCCAACAGAAAAUGAUCAGCAUUAAUUUCACGUGAAGGAGAAAUGAUGCAGCAUUCAGCUUCUGUGCAUUUUACAAAAUCUCUAAAACUAUGCUGGCAAUUAAUAGAGUGUUCCCCUUCUUUCCAAAGUAUGUUGUAACUCUACAUUAAUUGCAGAGGUAUUGCUUCUAACCACAUUGAGAGUGCAAAGUGUUCUGCAUAACAAACUGACCCACGGUUAUUGCUGCUACACACAUUAGCUAUGGGGUAAUUAAAGCACUGUGUGUUCAAAAAAACACUUUGUAAUUACUUGAUUUGUAUCGGAAAGAAAUUUGUUUUUCUAUUCAGUACAUGAAUAACACUGUACAACCAAUUCUACUAUCCUAAAUUUUAAAGUGACCCUUCUUCUCAUAAAGUAAGUGUGCAUGUGAGAUUCUGAACGUAUUUGGACUGGACUGCAGAGAUUUAUUUUAUAGUGGACGUACAGGCUAAUUUAAGUUACAGUAUGAGGAAUAUGCAGUAGUACAUUGGAGCAGCUAUGCAACACUAUGUUUUCAUUUUAUCCAACUAGUGCCAUCAAUAAUUUGUCAAAAAGAUAUAAAUACUAUACUUGUACAAGAAUUUAAUGGCUUUGUUCUAUUUUCUAGAGCAAGGAUAUCAGAAUGGGGCCAUAGUUAGUGAGGGUUUUCAGUAUGGCCAUGGCUCUGUAUACAGAUUAUUAAAUCACCUGUAUAUCUGCAGAGGAAAUAGUUUUUGACAAUACAUUGACCUAAUUAAGUCUUUAUCUCUGUUUUUCUGGCUAGUUCCUUGCAAGUGGGGAAUAUUUGUACCUUGGAAUGUAUUUAAGAUAGGGAUAUCUAUAUCUACGCAUACACAUGUACAGUUCAUUAUUUUAAUAUUUAAGACCAAUUCACCAAUGCCAUAAUAAUUGUUUCAGGUUUUUUCCAGUUGUCUCUGAAACUAGGAUGGCCAGAUUAGGAUGGUCCUGCAUUCAGAUUUAUUUUAAAAAAUGGUUUAAUUCUUUCAAAAAAAAAAAACCCACUGCAAAUUAAGAAGAUUAAGAGUGGAACCAAUUAAAAACAAAUAAAACUCCAUCUAUUUUUAACACAUGAAUUCAACAGGGAUUCGAAAUGAUCUACAAGCUAAGUAACCAAAGUUCUCUUUGUGAAUGAACCUGUCAAGUUUUGCUUUUUUUUCAUUCAUGUUCUUAAACCUUGAGCAUUUUUCUUUCUGUUAAUGAAGAAUUGUACAAACUUUUUUGUAAAAUAAACUGAACAAAUAUA